UGCCCGACGUCUAUUCAUUUCUUGCCGUUGCACGCUGCUGGCGAGUGCAGGGCCAAAAGGAAGUCCCUCUCGCAGCAAUAUAUUUCUUCACAUACGCCAUCGCUCACCGCGCUGAUCAAGGCUCGCGGAAGUCAUUACAGGUCCUCGUCGGUGCCCUUCGUUGCUAUUGGCCGGGAUUGCCCGGCCAGUGCCUCAUUCAUUUUGGAUGCUGUGAAGCCUGA